AUGGAGAACAAACCUAACCUGCCACCAUUUGAUGUAUCGGACUCAGCCUCGAUUGGAAAACGCUGGGCGAAGUGGAAACGGUCGUUGGAACUAUUCCUAGAAGUCAACUGCAUAGCACUUGCUUCCAGGAAAAGAUCGUGUUUGCUGCACUAUGCGGGUCCGGAAGUGCAGGAUAUCUUUUUUAAUAUCGAUGGUCACGAUGCAGUCCCACCAGCGGGUACUUAUGUAUACAGAGAGGCGAUACGGUUGCUAGAUGCACAUUUUGCUCCGUUAUCAAGUGUGCCGUACGAGAGAGUUAUAUUUCGGAGAAUGACCCAGCUAGAAAACGAAAACGUUGAAAAGUUUAUCCACCGUCUUAGAGACCAAGGUCGACUCUGCGAAUAUGGGAACGCCUUGGAGAUGCGGAUCACUAAACAAGUAUUCGACAACGGUAAUUCCGAUUCACUGCGAGAAGCAAUACUGAAGAAGAAACUUAUGACAGUCCAAGAAAUCACCGUCGAAGGCCGAAUCUUAGAGACGGUGAAGAGAAAUCGUGAAGAAAUGAAAAAGUCAGUGGACGAAACUUCGGUGAAUGUAGUUCGGAAGCCUACACGAGAAGAAAUUUGUUUUCGUUGUGGAUAUACUGGUCACUUUGCCAGUGAUAAAAAGUGUCCAGCUAAGUCAAAAGCUUGUGACAAGUGCACGAUCGUAGGACAUUUCAAAAAAAUGUGUAAAACGAAAAUAGUACCUAAAUCGAAAACCUCAACAAGAAAAGGCAAAAUUCAACAAGUUAAAAACGCAGAAAGUUUGUCGUCAGAGAGUACGCCAGAUGACUCAUCAGAGGAGGAAGUUCAACAUGUAUACGCUGCGGGAUCGGUGUCCGAGAAAGUUACCUGCUUUGUUGGGGGCGUCAAGUUGGAUUGGGUCAUCGAUUCUGGCGCCCACGUUAACGUCAUCAACAGAGUAACGUGGAAGUGGUUGAAAAAACAAGGAUGUAUUGUCAGCCGACAAGAAAAAUCGAAUAAGACACUGCGAGUGUACGGCGACGGAAAAUUGGAAGUAUAUAAAGUCAUCAAAGCAGAUAUCGCAACGCGGAACAAAACAGUACAUCAUGAAAUUUACGUAGUGAAUAAUCAUAAAAGAACAAAUUUGCUGAGCAGAGGAACAUCAAUUGAUCUUGGCGUGUUGGAGAUUCACGCAGAGGUGUUCAACGUUGCGGAACCAAACGAGCCACCCAUCGGAAAACUGAAAGCAGUUCAGGUACAAAUCAAAACGGAUGAUAGAAUACCACCGGUACAACAGGCAUGCAGGCGGUAG